UGCAAAUAUGAUCUGAUGUUAUGGUUUCUUUUUCCAGCUCCUCCAAAGGUGUACGUGUUUUCAAGGAAGGCCACGUCGGAGAAGAACAUCAUCCUGUCGUGCAUGGCCACCGGUUUCUACCCGAAAGACAUCUUGCUGCAGAUCAAACGGAACGGCCGUAUUCUAACCAAAGAGGACGGAGUGUGUACAACAAACACUCGUCCAAACGGAGACGAGACCUACCAGAGAACAGACGGAGUGGAGAUUCUGAGGACUGACCUGUCAACCUACACCUGUGAAGUGAAGCAUGUUGCAUCAGGAAUGCAUGUUGAGCAGCAAUGGGAUCAUACACUUCCUAGCGAUCCAGGAUCCAUCAUUGUCGUAGUGGUAGUGGUGCUGGGGGUGGUGCUGCUACUGGUCGCGUUGGCGGUGCUCCUGAUUCUCUACAAAAAAGGAAUGCUCGGAGUGGGCACAAGUGGGAAAAAGAGCAAAGGGGGAAGCAGCAACAGUGAUAGCUCAGACCAGGCACUUCAGGCUGUUACUACCAAAGGCGGCAAUGACAUUGAGGCAUCUGAAACUCUUAUGAAGGCCUCAGACGACUCUAUCGACAGUGCUGGCACUAAGGACUCUGGCGUCCCUGGUGGCACCCCCAGCCCCCAAUCCAGCCCCGCAUCCAGCAUACAAGGAGGGAAAUAACUCGGAUGAAAAAUGAUCAAAUAUUGUUGUCCAACUCAAUCGACUCUUAUUAGCACUCGGAAGAAAACCACUUUGACAACAAUUGAAUUAAGAUGAUAAAUAACUUAAGGCUGUUAUAAAUUCUCCAGGACUAUAAAGAUGAUUUUAAUUCAGUAUAUAUAUAUAUUGCGUGUACUCAAAAGCGGCAACUGGUAAAUACACUGAAUUAACUGAGGCAAACCUAAGUUAGCCUCAAUGUUUUAGCCUGGAUUAAAGAAGUAUAUAAUGCUUUUAUCCUGGAUAGAAAUUAGUACACAAUGUUUUUGUUGGUGAUUUGCAGGAAAUAUUUAGAGCCAAAAAAAAAGAGUUCUCAUGUACUGCUUUUAUGCUUUUAAUACUCUGCUGAGCAAAACAUAUUAUGGUUUUAUUGAGUGUGCACAUUUUAGAAACAUGUUAAUGAAAGCGUUGAAUGUGUAGCUUCUAAAGCGGCAAGAUGCUUUUCAUUGUACUUUGACACAGAUUAUUUGGUAAUUAACAUGUAACCAGUUCAUAAAAGAUUUGUAUUCUUGGUGGGAUUUGUACAUACAAUAAUUAUUAAUGAAGUAUAAUUAGGCAAAUGUUAUUUUAUCUUUACAUUUUAAUGUGUUUACUCAAGUGGCGAGCCGUGACUUUUAUACCUAGACCCCCCCCUACCUAGACCCCCCCCCUUCCCUCUUAAAAAGAAGAGAUAUUACGUCACAGCGUAUACUUCAGCGGAAUAUCAAAAAAACGGCCCGGGUUGCAAAACGCAUCAUUGACAGCGACCCUCUACCACACAAAACAACACCAUUUAUAUAAACACCUAUCAUGACAGGGCACCCACAGCC